AUGAAUUUUAGGAAAAGUCGAUUAAAGUAAUCCCCAUUUACUGCAUCCAAAUUCUCUUAAUCGUGUUUCCAACCAUUGCUUCCUAAUUAAAAGACUAAAACUAAAAAAUAAAGAUUAUAGGAUUCAAUUGAAGGUUUUGUUUAAAUUUAUGAGCAAUAUCUUAAAAUGCUUUUUGGAUAAGAAAUAACUUUUUAAGAUGAGAAACAAAUUAAUCCAAGGGUGUAAUUAUUCUAAUAAGAUGAAGAUGCUUAUGAAGAAUUUGAUUUACCAGAGACAGUAAUAAGGUAAAUUUUCAUCUUAUUUAAUUAUUUUCAGCCUCAUAAACCCAGACACAAUACCUGAUGACUUUGAAUAUCCUCUUAAAUAAGUAGAAUAUUUCGAACAAAUUGUCAAGUCUUUAAUAAUUGAUGAAAAGUCUAUACAUGACAAAUUGUUCCUAAAAGCUAUUGAAAAUGUUUUUGCUAAUUUAUCAGAUCGCAAAUUCUACUCUUUAUUUGAACUACGAACCAGAGGAGUAGAAACAUAACCAAAUUAGAAUAGAAAUACACUCAUUGGUUGUGGGACAGGUUAAUAAUUAUUUCAAAAAUCUCCAGAUCGAUCUCCCAGAUCUAUCAUUUUGGAUGAUAAUCAUAAUUAGGAAAAUAAGACAGAAGUUUUCCCAAUCUAUGAGAAGGCUGAUAGUGUCAAUAAGUUAGUGAGAAAAUUUCGAAAUUUUCUCAAAGAUCAUGCCAGCAGAAAUUAAGGAAGCUUAGCCAAUGUCAUUGAUUUAUUAUCGGUUGAUCUUUAAGGCUUGUUUUAUAUUUCUAAAAAGGCCUACAGUUAGGGUGAAUACCUAAAAACACAAGGACGAGUUUGGUAUAGAACGAAUAAUGAUACAUAAGAUCUUCUAACCUUAACAAGGAAUAUCCUUAUAGUUCAAUUUUCAAGAAAAGGAUACAAUGUUAAGCCGGUAUUGUCAAAGGAUGGUUCCAAAAUUUACCUUCUGCUGUAUAUUCCAGAAAAAUCCUUAGAAGUGGCAGCAGAAAAUUUUGGUUUGUAAAAAAAAUUAAGCUUUUGCUUCACUGAUUUACUUUCCUUGGAACCAGUGGAUAAUGAGUUUAGACCUCUGAGAUUAAGUGGCAGAUUAUGGAGACCUGAUGAAUAUAAUCUCUCACCAUAUUUGAAAUAUUUAAGACCAUUGAUUAUUGAUUAGAUUUAGAGAAUUAAUUUCAAGAAGUUAGCAAGAGAAGUAGGACAAAGUGGAUUAAAUACAGAAUUAUUUGAGUAUAAAAAAUCCGAAAUUUAUGGAGAUGAAUAAGGCCCUUCAGAUGAGGAGUGGACUGCUUUUUAUAAAUAUCUAGUACAUCUAAAUAAUAAUGUAUAAAUUCAGAGGCAGAAGUCUUAAAUAAACAACGAUAUUGCUUUAGUAAUAAAUGAACAAAAAACUGCUGAGUAAAUUUAUGCAAUUAGAAAUCAUUAAAAAUUUAAAUAAUUUAUUUAAUUUAACCCAGAAGAAUAAGAUAAAAUCCAAAAAAUCUAUGAUUAAAUAAGAGAACUUUCAUCUCAAUACCAAACUCUGCCAAUAUUUUCUAAGAUUCCAAAAAUUAAAAAAAUCAAGCUGCUUCUUUAGUAAUAGCUAGCUCACAAUUAUUUAAAUAUAUUUAAAGAAGCCUUAAAAGUAGCGAAUACCCCAAAAUAAUAUUUGAAAUCCAUAUGGGAUAGGAACAAUUAUUCUCCAUUUGAGCUUUUUAUUCCUUUCAAAAUUCAUUUUAACAAUUCAUCAUUAAAGCAAUAGGCAAAAUUUUAAAUAAAAUGGUGUAGAUAUAUUAAAAAUGAGAAAAAUUAAAUAACUUUGUUUCCUUCUCAUGAGCGAUUAAAACUAUCAUAGUAACUUAUAGCUUCCUCUUUAAAUUUGAAUACUUUGAUAAAUUUGAAGCUGGUUAACAAUUUAUUUUGUUUACAUGAUAAUUACGAAUUAUUCGGCCAUUGCAACAGUCUUUAAUAGGCUUUAAGCGAAGAUAAGGAUUGCUAUAAGAAAAAACCAUUUGAUCUUGCUGGAGAAUGGAUUUUCAAUUUUAAAAACCCUUGGAGUUUACCAAUUGAAUAAAUUUGUUCUUAUUUUGGAGAAAAAAUAGGUCUUUAUUUCGAGUUCUCAGCUUAUUAUAUUAAAUAUUAUGGAUUUUUAUCCCUUAUUGGGAUAAUCUAUACCAUAUUUACAUAUUUAUCAAAAUUUUAUGACUAAGAUAUAUUUAUAGGUAUUAUAUCUUCCUUUUCAGUUUUAUUAAUUCACUGGAGUUCAUUUGUAACUGAUUAUUGGAAUCAAAUGUAGUUAACAUUUAAUAUCAAAUAUGGAUAAAAUAAAAAUGCAAAAGAAAGUUUUAUCAGAACAGCUUUUAAAGGUAAGCACAUAAGAUCGAUUGGAAAUGAUCAAUUAAAUUCUUAGGAGGCUAUUCAUUCUGAGAUUAUUAAAAGAAUAAUUAUUUCGAUCUUUGUUUUGAUAUUUUUGAUUGGAUCAGACAUAGGAGUUAUUAUUGGGCUUUACUUUUUUAAUCUUUUUUUGAAAACUUUAUUAGAUCAAGCAGGCAAUGAAUUUUAAUGUUUGGAAGUAAUUAUUUCAGGAUCUUUGAAUUAUGGAAUUUAAUAUUUAAUAGAUUCUUAUUACGAAUAAAUAGCUACAAUUCUAACAGAUUUUGAAAAUUAUCAAACUUCUCUACAAUAUGAAACCAGCUAUAUCAUGAAAAAGUACACUUUGUAUUGGUUUUCUUAAUUGUUUCCAUUGAUGAUAGUGUGUUUUCUUCACAGUCCAUUAAACUUAUAUUGUGAAGAGGAGAAUUGCAAAUAAUAGGUUUAAUACUUGUUUGGAACAACUAUUUGUUGGAUAUUUUGUGCUUAAGUGAUGAAGUUUGUUAAAUUAUUCCUUUAAGAAAAGAAAAAUUAUAAAACUAACAAACAAUAAUCUUUAAAUCUAAGUUUAACCUAAUUCAUUGAAGAGCAAGAAUAAAAAAUUCCUUUUUAAAAUAGUUAAGAAAAAUACGGUAUUAUAAAUGAAUAUAUGGAAUUCUUUUUGCUUUUAGCGCUUAUUAAUUUAUUCGGAUGUUUGUUUCCAUUUAGCAUAACCCUGUUUUGGAUUUGGAUAAUUAUUUAAUUUCAAAUUUAAAAGUAUAGAUUAUUAUAUCAAAUUCAAAGACCGUGGCCUAAAGGAGAUGGUUCACUUGGUAUUUGGUAGGAAAUUAAUUAAUUAAUAAAUUUUGUUACCCUAUUAUGCAAUUCAGGAUUAAUUUGUAUUUACUAUUUUGGUAAAUUGCAAGAUAAAGUAGUAUUGCUGUUUGUACCUUUAUUAUUUUAUAAUUUUUUUGUGAAAUACAUGACCAUGUCUCUUUUUGGGGGCACUCCUACAAUUUUAGAAUAAAUAAUGCGAAGAUGCCAUUAUUUGUUUAAAAAUAAUGUGUAAAUUACAACUAGCUUAAGCAGAGCAUUAGAAGAAAAUAAUAAAAAUUAGUUACAACGCUGUCCAUUAUAUAAAAUUUUUGGAUCCAUUGGAACAUAGAGUUCAGAUAAUUUUGAAACUAUAAGCUCAGAUAAUGAAAUUACUGAUUAUUAAUUGAAAAACAGCGAAGCAAUUUCAAAAAAAAUUCUAAAAGAAGAGGAUGAACUUCAAUAAAAAUUAAAUGAGUUAACUUAAAAAAGUGAACCUCAAAAUCAACUUUAUACUCCUAAUAAUACUUAAAGAAAAAUACAAACAGAAGUUUCAGAAUAAAUAAGUAAGACAAUUUUCUCUAGCUAUAAGGAGAAUAUAAAAAGACAAGAAACAUAUAUCAAAAAAAAAUAAUAAUUUAAAAUUAAAGAAUUAAUCAAGAAAAUAAAUUAAGUGGAAUAAUUAGAUUAUGGAUUUUUUUUAAAUUAUUUCUCUAAAAGAACAACAAAUUAUGCAUUUUUAAUAUAGUAUAGCAAUGUUUCAGAAAAGCAAUUAAAAAAAGAUAGAACUAGAAUUUGGAGAUUUUUUUUUCGUUUGACCUUAUUAUCCUCAUACAAGUUAAUUUGGAGUGAUUAUAGGUUUUUUAUUUGCUAAUCUUACAUUCAAAGAAGAAAAAAAAUGUUGUAAAAUUUAGAUUAUAAAAGAUUUAAAAUAUUAAGCUAAAGUUUUAAUUGUUAACUUGAAUUUUAUAAAAAUAAAGCAACUUUGAAGUUUAGAAGACAAUUUAAAUAGUUUGGCAAGUCUUUAACCCCAGAAGAAGAAAAAGAAUAUGAAGAAAUACUGAUAAAAUAUCGUAAUUAUGUUGAAAAGAAGUCUUGGUUGAAUUGUAGAAAGGUUCAGAUCUUUCGAUACAAAGGAUUAUUCUUUAAAGGAUUUCGAAAAUAAAUUAUUAAAAAACCCUCAAUUAAAUUUGCUUUAGAGUAUUAUGAAGCCAUGAAAAAAUUAGAAGAAGUUAAAUUUGAAUCGGAUAUUCAUAAACGAUUCACUACGUUAGUCCACUAUUCAUCAAUUAAUUAAUACACUUUAAAUUCAUUUCUAGAAUUGUUUGUAAUGUUGGAAUAUGAGUAAAAAUAUAUUUUUAUUUUUGAAUAGAUAAAAGAGGGUAUUUGAAUUCCCUUCAAUUAAUGGCACAAUAAAGUAAAAAUAUUAUUAUCUGCAGCCUUUAAAAUCUGAAAUUUACAAAAAUGUAAUUGAUAAAUCAAAAGAUACAUAUAUAUUUGAAUAGUAUUCAACAAAAUUAGAAGAAUAUAUUCUAUAAUACUGCAUUGAUGAGUGGAAUUAAAUUCCAAACAUUUAAUUAAAGAAACAUCUACAUGAUAUUCUUUGGAUUGUCUAAAUUGAAGAUUAAGAAUACCUGAUGUAGUUUUUUUAAGUUCGGCAUGGCUAAAAGUUAACUUUUUAGCAAUUUCAUGAUGAUAACUUAGGGGUAUUUUUAGCUGAGAGCAAGAACUAUAUAAAAUUACUUAAUAUUCUAGAUUAAAUCGAUGACUUUUUCAUAAAAGGAUACUGUAUUUCAUUAUAUUAAGCCAAAGAUUGUAAAAGCCUCUUUUAAGUUUUACAAUUUAGAAAGAGAUACUCACUCAAAUACACUAUUGAGGAACUUCAAUAAUUCCUUUUUGCAAACAUAACUUUGAUGACGAAAAAAUAAAUAUAAAAUGUUUCAAUUUAUAAUUACAUUUUGAUUAAAAACUAAUAUAUGAUCUUAAACUCAAUCUAAGAAAAAAAAAAUUAAGUUUUAUCAUUAGUUUAGAUGGUAAUUGAGAUGAUUCUUCUUAAGCCUAUUGAAAAUUUGUAAGAGGAGAUUGGGUAGUUAGAGCAUCCUCUACGAUAUUUUCUUUUGGAAAUAUUACAAAAUGAAUAAAAUCCUUAACUAAUUUUUGAUUAAAUGGCUAUUUAAAAACAAUUUAUUGAAAUUGAUUUUUAAUUGGCUCCAAAUUCUAAAGAACAUUCUUAUUCAUUAUAUAUGGAAAAUAUGAAGCAUUAAAUUAAUUUUCAUCUAAGAAUGAAAUAAUUUCAAAAAGUGAUACUUUUAAUUCAUGAAGUUGAAACUUUUAUAAAAACAAAUCAUUACAACAUAUCUUCUGAUAUGUUACCACAUUUUAUUAAUUAUUUUUCCAAAAAUUUAAAUAGUUACAUUUUAAAAUCAAAUGAAAUUAAAAGAAUACUAGACAUUUUAUUAAUCUAUUAUUUUAAAAUUUCUGCUUUAUUUGCUUUAAAAAAAGAUUUUUAACCUGAAAUUUCAAAGCUGAUUGAAGGUUUAAAAAAAAGCAGUGCAUAGAUAAGAAUUAUGUUUCGAUAAUUAAGCUUAAAUAUAAAGCUUGAGAAUUUAUCAGAGAUUGAAUAACAUAUCAUUUUAAAGCGAAGAAUCAAACAAAGAAAUGAUGGAUAAUCAUCGAUUAGUUCCUUUGAAAGAUUAAAUUUAAUAAAUACUUUGAGAAAAAAUCAGGAUUAUAUCCUAAUAUUAAUAUAAUAUCAAACGUAAUUGCAAAGGUAUCUAAAUCAAUUCCAAGCUAUAUAGGCUAUUUAAUAAUAUUUCAACAAAAACUUUCUUCUUGCUGCUAUUCAUUACUCAGAUAUUAUAUAAAGUUAAGAACUUCUCAUCUCUCGUGACCCAACUCCAAAUCUUUUGGAUAUUCCUCUUGAUCACAGUCCUGGUUUAAUUAACCUUGAACAAUCAUCCCCAAUUGAUGAUGAUCGGUAUAUAAGCGAUGAUCUUGAUACCAAGAUUGAAGUAUUGACGGAAGGCGAUAAAUUAUAUCUGACCUAACUGAUCUAUUUUAAGUUUUUAUAGAUGAUAAAUUUAUAUGACAGUAAAAAUGAACGUUUUCAGGAUUAUUAUAAAGAAUUUUAAGAAGUAGAGGGUGUAUAUGAAUCAAUUUAUACUUUUUAUUUAAAUCAAUUAAAACUAUUAAAAUAAGAGAAAAGCUCAAAAAAUGAGUAAAAAUAGGAAAUGAAAUGUGAUGUUGGCAAAUACUUAGUCAUUAUGCAAUUAAGAUGGAAUGAUAUUGGAAGAAAAAAGUGGCUCUAACUAAUUUAAACUAAUGAUGAGGAAUUUAUUAAGUUUUAAAUUAUGAUGUUUUCAAACUUAAAAUUUACUUUAGAAAAUAGAUUAAUAAUUUAAAACGAAAUUGAUAACAUUAAUAACAAAAAUGUUGAUAUGUAUUUCUGUAUUUACUAAAUCAGACUUAUUUAAUAAAUGCUUCAUCUUGAUAACCUACAACCUGUUACUCAUACUUUACCCAAACAUUGUUCUUACAAACAAUUUAGGUAAGCUAAAAAGUAAACCUUAAUUGAACUGCUAAAAGAGUUUCAUAUGAGGCUUCAAAUAAAAGAUGAACAUUGGUUUUAUCAUCCAGGUUUAGAGGAGCUCUAAGUAUUUUAUUAUCUAUCAAUAUGUUUUUCAUUUUCUCCCAAGCACAUUGAAAAUUUUCAUACACAAAAUAAUUCAUUAUUUAACAAGGCAAAACUUGGUAUUAAAUAAGUUGAACCGAACCCAAAAUUUUAUUGCUAAGCUUUAAAAUUUGCUUAGAUUAACAAUGAAUGCGUAGAUAAUUUAGUUUUUGAUACCUCUUUGGGUAGAUUUUAAUAAUAUUAGUUGUUUUGUUAGUUUUUAAAUUGUAAUGUUAAAUUUUAUUAAAAGCUUAGAAACUCAUAUGAAUAAAUUUAGGAAAACUUAAAUGACGAUUGUUUUUCUUCGAUCUUAGUACUUGGUUUGUUGCAUUCAUUUCUAUAUAUUCAAUAGUACGAUGUUGUUGAUUUAAUGUACUAGUUGAUAUAAAGGUUGCUUUAAUCUCAGGCAUUUAUUUUUCAUAAAAUUCAUUAAGGAUUUGAAAAAGACUUGAUGAUUGUAGAAUGCAUCUUCAAAGAUACUAGUAAUUAUCUGCCUGCUCCCUCUAAAUAUCUUUUUGAAUAUACAAAUAGCUAUUUAUAUUUUGAGGAUGUUAAAUUUAAUUCUCAGUAUUUAUUGUUUAACCUUAUGAUGAAUUAAGAUUAUUUAUUAAUCUAAGAAAUUAUAAAAGAAAGUAUUUUGUAAUUGAAAAAAUAGCCUUAAUUAAUUCGCAUCAUGCAUUUAUUUGAAUCAUUGUUGGAUGUAGUAAACGCAAUGAUUGGAUAUGAAGAACCAAAAUAAUAAUAUAUGUAAAACUUUCAUUCAAUUGUUAAGCUUUAAAUUAAAUGAUUAUGCUGAAGGUACUUUAAUGCACGCUCUCCUAGCUCAUUUGUAAUGUAAAUAUUACAUGAAUUUAAUUGAUUACGAAAAUGCUUUAAAAUAUUCUGAGAUAAUACUUCAGUAUAUCAACACAUAUAUGAAAUAAGAAAAAACAAUACUGUCUUUGUUUAACAAUUAACUAGUAUAUAUUAUUUAAUCUUAGAUAUAAGAGUACAAGACAAUUUCUUAACUUGAUGAAUUGAAAAUAAAGGAUUACGAGUUUCUUUGUGAUGAAACAAUGGAUUAGGAUUAUAUUCACUUAUUUAAUAAAGAUCUAAUAAAUGAAGCAAUCCUUAAUCAUUUAAGGAUAAUAAUAAAUCUUGAAUAGAAUUUGCCAAACAUUAAUUUUCUAUUCACUCUACAAUUAUAAUUAGAAAACAAAAAUCAUACAAGUUAUUUACAAAUGAUUUAUGCAAUGUAUUUUAACUUUCUUUAGAAUAAUCACAAUUCACAAUCACUGUUAACUGAUCAAUCAAAUUAAAUAGAGAAAAUAAACUAUAGAAUUAAGAAUGAGGAAACAAAAUAACAAGUAUAUUUUUCUUUGAAAAUGAAUCUUUUAUCAGAUAUAACAGCAAUUGAUCAAAAAUUAAAAGUGCUCGAUUUUUAAUUAAGCAUUUUAUAAGGAACAAAAAAUGGACUUAGUUAAAAGUUAAUUAUAACUUGGACUAUUUUGUGUGCUUAGAAUACAAUAGAUUGUUACUCUAAAGUUACAUCAAUAAAUAAUAAGAUUUUACACCCUUAUGUGUCAAUGAUGUAUUUAAUUUUAUGUGAGUCAUACCAAAGAUUAGACCAAAUUUUGAAAGCUUAAACAAUGCUUGAUUUAGCAGAAGUUGGUUUGAAAGGCUGGUUUGAUGCUAAAAAACAUCCUUUGAAAGGAUUAUUUUUUUUUUAUUAAGGAAGCUAGGAUAGAUGGCUUUAUCAUUAAUUAUUAAUAUGUGUCCAAGAAAUUCUUUGUUUAAGAGAGUUUGAUAAAUUUGAAAUUGUGUUAAUAGUUUAAGGUUUAAUUUCUAAGGAGAAAUAACUUCUAAAGGCUUUUGACUAUUAUCAUUCUAACUUAUUAAAAAAUAUUACUGCUUCUUUGGCAAACUAUGUUUUCUCAUAGAUUGGUAAACAUCAAAAAUAACAGAUUGAAAAAAAGUUCAAACUUGAAGAUGCAUAAUCCAUUUUUGAUGAUCUAGUUGAAUCGAGUUCCAUUAAAUCAUUAAAUGGUGUUACGCACUAUUUAGAUGUAAUUUAUCUCUUUAACUAAGGCACUGGCAAUAUUUAAUGCAUUUGAAACAGAGCACAAAUGUAUUGAUAUUAUAAGAAGAGCAAUAAUGGAAGAUUAAUGA